AGUGGUUGAAGAGGAAGAAGAAGAUUAUGCGUUUCCUGUUUGCCACGCUCAUCCAGCGUCAACGCCAGCCUUAUAUCUCUGCAUAAUGUAUUUACUCCGGUUCUGCAAAGUUCUGUUGUAUCGUUCGUGUUGCACCAUUGUCGCGGUACUGUGCGGGUCGCCCCGGGACAGGAAAUCAUGGUUUAAGAGAGUCGCUAAGCUCAAGUUGCAGGUAUUAACUGUGACAGCAUGCCUCGCCUGCCUCGCUUACACCGUCGUACGCCCUGGCAUCACGAGCGUUAAAGAGCCGAGUGAUCGCUCCGGGCGGCCACGUCAUACGGCCGCCGCGCCACGACGAGCCGCCGCUGCCCGUUCCGGUCCCUCGGCGGAAGCCGUGUUCUGCCGCAACUGCUCGCUUCCGACGCCGACAUCCAUCAAGAGCAGCGAUCCCGAAAAGUCGCUGCGCGAGCCGCUCUUCGCCUACCGGUUCCUCUGGAACGUCGGGCACCGCUGCCGCUUGGACAAUGGCGACGAUGGUGCCAGCUCACCACCGCCGUUUCGCUACCUGGUCGCCGUCAACUCGCUGCCCGAGAAUUACGCGCUCAGGCAGAUCAUGCGGAGCGAGGCCUGGGAGCAGCUGUGGCGGCCGAGCGGCAGGACGGCGCUCUUGAUUUUCUUCCUGGGCAUGCCCCGGUCGCCCCGAGAAAAAGACAAACUGCGCUCCGAGAUCGUGCGCUACGGGGACAUCGUAGUGGGAGACUACGACGCGACGCCCGGGAACGCCACGCUGACCAGCCUGAUGAUCCUCAAGUGGACAUCGAGAUUCUGCCGGGAGGCCCGCUUCCUGCUCAAGGUCGACGACGGGGCCCACGUGGACUACCGCUUCCUGCGGGGCUGGUACGGCUUCUUCGCGAAGCAGUCGCUGGACUACGAGAUGUUCGGCUCGUUCGUGUCGCUGGGAGCGCGGCCGUGCCAGGAACCGUCCGGCUACAGCAACGUGAUACGCAACUGCAGCGGGAGCCGCGGCUACCUCGUCGGCUGCGCCUACCUUCUCACCGCCGACGUGGUCGAGCCGCUGCUGUACGCCGCUGCCACGGAGCACGCGCCGCCUACGCCGCCCGAGGACCUGUACGUAACGGGCACCCUCGCAGACAGCGUCAGCGCCCGCCGCGCCGAGGUGGCUCACUUCGAGGGCUGCUACGUGACCUACGCCAAAAAGGCCACAAUCUGGCAGGGAGGGCCACUCUAUUGGCUCAGAGACCAUGUGCAGGCGUUAUGUGCAAGGGUCUGCCGCGAGCUUAGCACGAAACUCGGUCGAUUCUGUCUUGCGAUUCUCUUCGGCAUUAUGUGCCUGUGUGUUUACCGGCGUUCGCAUGUUCUGUCGCAAAGAAGGUUCUAGUUUGUCUCUUAGUAAGCCCUAUUGUCGGCAUGCGGCUUCAGAUGCAACGAACGAGUAGCACGUCACAUGGUACUUUUGAAGAAGGAACCCAUCACUUCGAUACUUGAUUUAUUUUGCCCCAAGUUUUAGUAUGUAACAUCACCUUAUAUGCGAUAUGGGUAGGGGCUAAAUGUUUACAUAAAAUAUGGCGACACGUGUUUAUUUCCUUCUUUUUUUAGGCUACUGGGUAUUGUAGAGCUCGCGGCUUAAAGUAGUAGUCUACUUGUAGACUUGUUUUAUUAAGAAAUCAAAAAAAAAAAAAGAAACAAAGACCGCGGGCAUGGUAUAAUUGUCUCAGUGCAAGGCAGUCACCUAAAUUGCUCUUGUGAGGCGACAAGACGCACAAAUAAUGCAAAAAAGAAGGGAUAGAUAGGAUAGAAAAAAAGUUGAUGCGCAUAAUGUUGUUACAGCAGCAUGCGUUGCUCAGUGGAGAAACAGGGUUGUUUGGUGUGUCGCAUUGCGGGGCAAUUCACUCGUUGCUUCUUGCCUCUUCGGUCUGUUCCUUGGGCUUAAAACAUCUCUAAACGGGCAGGUUUUGGGUAUCUUUACCGUGUGUGCUAUGCUUGUGUUAUCUGAGAUACGUGACCUCCCGCAUUUCUUUCUUUUUUUUUUUUUUUUUUGCAGUCGCUAUCCCGCAUAUAAUGUGAAAUAUCCCCAUUUUCGCUGUAAUACAGCACCAAAAGCGCCUCAAGUGAUGCGUCGUGAACCAUUGUACAGAUUGUACAGCGCUCUAGUGUAUCGAAUACGAUCUACGCAAGUUAUGGCAAAAUUGUUUAGAUUAUUGCGAACUUGAAGGGGUGGCCAAAGUUAGGCUAAUGCUGUGUCCGCUAUUUAAGCGAUUCUCUCCCGACGCUACAAUAUGACCAUCAUGCUACUUCGAGGUCAACUGCAACAAAAGUUCACUUUGGCUAAAUUUGUUAUGACUAUAGUGUAUACAAAUAAAGCCAUCUUGGCAAAGCCCCAGUGCCUGUUUGCAGCCUUUUAUCAGCACCAAAACGAAUGACGCGUGCAGCUGGCGGUUGUCGCUACGACGCAAGUCCCAGCACACCACCUCUGAUAUCUUUCAGCGCGUCGCUAGCAGACGCAAGCACCACCUUAUCUUUGAGGUCAUGACGAGGAGCCGCACGCUCUAGGUCACGCGCCACUUCUGGUGAGCGGUAAUUGCGGAGCUUUUUGAAAAAAAUUGGUAUAAAAAAUUCACGCAGUAACAACUCUCAGUUUUCCAAGUAUGCGUAAGCAUUGUGCCACUUGCUCAUCUCCACGCAGCCUGGUGUCAUUAUCAAUGGUAUAUGAAACUUGAUUCGACCAGCAUAAACCCUUAUCAGCCCUCAUGGGUCGUUAUCAACCUUAUCGAACAUGUUCCAACCUUUACCAACUCUUAUCCUUCAUUAUCAACGCGCAUGUUCAGCGAAGCGGUUGCAGAACCACCACUACAAUUGCUGAGGAGGGUAUACGCAAUGCUUUAUUGAUUGUUUGGAUGCUUCUUUCGUGAUGGUUCUUUAUUGAAAUGUAUGCUGUUCUGUGUGUUGUAUGGGUGAUUUCAGUGAAUGUAUGCCUUAUUCGCUUCAUUUUGCUGAGCGCUUGUAGCCUUUGCCUUGCAGGGGUAUGAGCCAUUGCAUUUUUUUGCUUGCUUACGUGGGUAUGAGCCAUUGCUUACGGUGGUAUGAACCAUUGUUUACGGGGUUAGGAGCCACUGCAUUCGUAUUACGUGACGGACGGGAAAGUUUCUCGUUGGGUAGGCAUACAAUUGCGUACACAUUUAAAGCCGCUAAUCUUGCAAGUGUUUCGCGGCGCUUCUGCACGUAUUUCAAACGUGAAACUUUGUAGAUAUGUAAUCUUGUGGCGAGGCCCUUCUCUAUACCUGCGCUGUGUUAAGUUACGCUUUUUACAUGGUCAAAAAUUUCGUUGCAGCUGGCCUUUCAGCCCUGUAGUAAUAUUCAUGCUACUUGAACGCAAACACACCGACUGCGCUAAUGGCAUCGGCUUUAGUGCUCAGUGGCGAUUAUCCCGGUAACAAAGCGUCCCAGGCUUUGAGAACAACUGUAUUGAAAUACAGUCGUACAGGGGUGAGAGCAAAAGCUAACAAGCUGUGGGACUUCGUGCGACGAUUUUUCACCAACUUCUUCAUAUACUGUGCGUGCGUGCGCUUUGGUUUUGUUCACCCACCUUACUUUCUUUAUAUGAUGAAAACUUCAAAGUGAUUUACGAAGACGUCACUCAAAAUUUAUAGGAAUUAGUUUUUCGUAUGUAUCCUUUUUGCACUUAUUCGAGAGACAGCUGCAGCUACAGGAAGCUCGCUUUAGAGUCUAACGCACCUGAAAGGCAAAUUUCGAUAGCCAUGAAGUACAGCUAUGUGUUCCUUUGGAACAGACCAAAGCAACAACAAAAAAAAAAAGAUGCUAAUGCUCACUUGUUGAGAGGCACAAUAUUUAUUUAAAAUGCACUGCAAGCUAUACAGAAAUUACGUCACUUAUUAUUUAACAUUAAACGGCGCCGAAACACUACCUGCAACAAAUUGGAGGCGUGACAGAGACAACUUGUUCGAGAGGUGCUUGCAGGUCACAGUAGUCUUCCAAUGCACGUGCUUUAAACUGUGCUUGAAACUAAGAAACCACGAAAGUACAACACGAAAACGAUUCAAGGUAGAGUGCAUGCCAGCAGUUGCUGGUGUAUUAUAUGGCAUACCACGACACUUCAUGUUAUAAACAGGGCACGAGUUCCAUAGAACCUUGCGAUGCUCAAAGUUGUAUCUAGUAUUGCCGUGAAUGCCUCAUAUUUCGUAUAAAAAAUAAAGAAACAAGAACACUGGCAGUCAUCUCUCUGUUCUAUGCUUAUCAAUGAGGGUGCGCAUCAAAGUUAUAUAGACAAAUUAUCAUAGCAGUAUUACUUCAUAUUCUUGUAGCCUUUUCGACAAAAUCAUGCGAGUGUCGACGCACUAGUCGGUGUAGACAUUUGGUUGAGCAUGGGAGCAAGAUAAGCCAGGCAAGUUCUACAUGCGCGCAGAGCUUCUUACGACAAUCGCCGCUUUCUUUCUAGGAAAUGUUUGAGAGAUUGUAGUCGUGGCGUCACACGGAAAGUGCCAACAGCUCAUUGUGAUCUGCUUUGGAGAAAGUUGAUACAGUUUAGUACUUAGCGUUGCCUGCGUCUCUUGUUGAAACUUGUUGCUGUCGACCGGCUGAGCACGCUUCAAACCAAAAGUAUAUACCGCAGAGGAGAGAUAGAUAGGAAUAGAGGGAAGUACAGGAAUGUUAACUAUAUUGGAAUAUACGGUUUCCUACCCUGCACUAGGGGGAUGAGGCGAGGGUGAAGGUAGGGGUGAGAGGGGGGUAGAGUAAUAAAAGGUUCCAUGAACAGACAGAGACACGAUGGAAACACAUUAAAAAAAAAACAUUUAUCUCAAGAAACUAUUUUAACCAAGAAAAACAAAUAGCAAACUAGCCUGACACAUCAUAAACCCUAUACAAGCACGAGAAACUCUCCAAAACGGCUAUAUAGAUAAAGAAAACAACUAGACCUCAGCUAUAUAUACUGUUCCACAGUUCGACUAAACAAGUAACAAUUCGCCACUAGAAAUCGAACGUUCGACGGGCACCAGUAGUGGCGGACGUCGGCCUGGCGUUGGUUCUGAUGCGGCGUAUACGUGGCGAGCCCCGUUGCGAGCGACGGGGUUGUGAUCCUCUGCCGAGACCAGCGUGGCACACGACGCGGUCUUGGCUAGUCGCGCGUUGCGCCGCUGACGUGGCCAGGUGGUUGCCUCCGUGGCACUGGGCAGUGGCCGGUUACGACAGCGUGGGGCUGGACCAAGGAGGUUUAAAAAUAUUUUUUUUUAAACCUCCUUGGGCUGGACCGAGCCUGUGGAGCACUGCCACAGCACCGUAGCCGGCGCUCAGGAGCUGCAGCUGUCACCGGCCAACUCUAAGGCUCUUCGGUUCGUAGUCCCCGAAGUUGCUGCUUCCCGUCUCCAGAGCACAGCUGGAAAUGCGUCUGCCCUUCUCCUCGUCCACGUCAGCAAUGCACUGCUCAGCAGCCUC